GUCAAGAGGCUUGUUUAGCUCCCGCGGAGCGCGAGAGUCAACAGUGUUUGUCGUUCAGUCAGGAUGAAACUUUGUCUUCUCCUGCCGCUUCUCCUCAUCUCCAACUCGGAGGUCACCUCGAUAACGACUCGGCCAGACGACUUCGCGGGUCCGGAGGAGUGUCUCCACAGAAAGCCCACGCGCGCGUCCUGCGACCUGGUCUUCUGCAAACCGUGGCAGCGAUGCAUCGAAGGGCGCUGCUCCUGCAAGCCGCCGUAUUUGUGCCCCGCCGAGGACGUCGCCCCCGUUUGCGGACGGGACGGCCGCCUCUACCGCUCCUACUGCCAGACCAUGGCGCUCUCGUGCCGCAGCCAGAAGUCCGCCAUGUCCCACUUCGGAGAAUCAUGCUCAGUUGCGCAACCCAAGUUCUCCAGUUCCCUCGAUCCCGACACGGGCGUGCUCGCCCUCUUCGUUGCCGAUGACGCGAGUCCUGGCGGGGGGAAGCGCCUGCUGGUGUGCGGGGAGCGUUGGGACAUGGCGAGCGCCAACGCGGCCUGCAAGGAUCUCGGUCACCCUCUCGGCGCCGCGUCUGCCGGCGCGCUCGCCCUCGCGACCCUACGUCGCAACGGCAGCGCUCCGCACUUUCCCGACAGCUGCGUUAGCGUUCGCUGUCGGGGCUUCGAGACGUCGCUGGCCGAGUGCGUCAUCCACGACGCCGUCCGGGUCGGUGACGGGAAGGUUGCCACGGCGACCUGCUAUGACAAGACCAACGUGCCUGAAGAGUGCGGCUUUGCGUGCGCCAACGGGAAGUGUGUGUCCGCCAACCGGGCGUGCGACGGGGUCGACGACUGCGGCGACCGCAGCGACGAGAUGUGCUGCAAACGCUGCAGAAGUGGCGCCUUCCGCUGCGAUACGGGCGUGUGCGUGCACGCGGACGCAGUGGCGGACGGACAGAUGGACUGUUUGGCGGGAGAAGACGAGGCGGUGACGCACAAGCUGGCCAGGGCGGGGUCGAACAGCACAGAGUACAUCUCCCCUAGGAAAGAAACGCGCGGCAACCGUGCACAUCUGGAGUCCAAGUUGCAGUGCGGCGUUCCCAACAUGACCGCCGCUUACGACGACAGCGUGGGGGACCGAGUGAGCCGCUUCAAGAGAGUCGUCGGCGGCGUGGCGGCCAACCGCACGCAGAUCCAGUGGCAGGUGGGCCUGGCAGAAAACGGGAGGAUGAACUGCGGGGCAACUUACAUCGGAGGCUGCUGGGUCCUCACGGCGGCUCACUGUGUCAGGCCCAACCCGUCGGCGUUCCGCGUGAAGUUUUCCAUCUGGAAGAAGUCAAGGCCUCAGGACACCACCGACAUCAUCCCGGUGGGCGCGGUCAUCAUCCACCCCGGGUACAACGGCAGCACGUACGAGAACGACAUCGCCCUGGUGCGGCUCAAGGACCUCCCGGAGGAGGUGGGCAAGUGUAUGGAGGACAACCCUGCGGUGAAGCCCGCCUGCGUCCCCUGGUCCAAGCGGCUCUUCAACGCCAACCACACGUGCAGCAUCUCGGGCUGGGGCCGCACAGCAGUGGGAAUAGCCUCGCAGGUUCUCUUGUGGGCCAAAGUGUCCCUCAUCCACGACUGCCAGCGGUUCUACAAAGACCGCUUCAGACCCGGGAUGAUGUGCGCCGGUGACCUGGAAGGAGCCGUAGACUCGUGCCAGGGGGACAGCGGCGGCCCUCUCGUGUGCGAGGACCACCUGGGCGUGUCCUACCUGUGGGGCAUCGUCAGCUGGGGCGAUCAGUGCGGCCAGCCGGGCUUCCCGGGCGUUUACACUCAGGUGGCGCACUACUUCGAGUGGAUCCGCCUGCACACGGGCUGGCCCGCCGUCACCCGGUUCAACUCGUGAUCGGCACCAUCAUCAUCAUCUUCCUCUUCAUCGUCGUCUUUGAUUGUUUGCGCCUGCUAUGAAAGUCAGCGCCAUUAAA